UUCCAGGUCUCCAGCCGGCGCCGCCACCCUCGCGUCCUCGCCCCGCGCGCGGCGCGCGUCGCCGGCGUCUCCCACCUGCCCGGCUGCCCUGCCCCAUCCUCGUCAAGCCCUCCUCCGCUGCGGCCGUCAACGUGGUCGUCGUCUCCGCGGCCGCCGCGGGCGGCGGAGGGGGCGCGGCCGCGCGGGGGGAGGAGGAGGAGGGGUCGGGGUGGUGGUCGGGCCCCGUCGUCCCGCCGGCGGCAAGCGUCCACGAGCUGCUCGAGUGCCCCGUCUGCACGAACUCCAUGUACCCGCCCAUCCACCAGGUUUUUCACAUUUAAGCUAAGUACUUGGAAAUAGGCGAAACAGACGCCAUCAAGAAGGUAUUGCAGGACCACUCCCUCUGGGUCGAUAGCAAGGUUGUGAAGGCCAAAAUCUAGGACAAAACUGACUAAAAACGUACAGUAGCCUCCCGGCCCACUCUGAGAUGCUCCGUCGUCUGCUUCCGAGCCGCCACCACUGCGUCCUCCUGCAAACCCUACCGCCGGCGGCCACCGCCGCAAGGGAAAUACUGCGACGGCGGCAGUGCUCUUCGGUGGUGUCCUCGAGCCCGAGCCUCUCGAUAUGGAGGCGGAAGAAGGAGAUGGGGAAGGAAGGCCUGAUGGUGGUCGGGCAGCUGAAGCGGCUUGCGGCGCUGCCCCCGGCCGGUGGAAGCCCACGGUUGGAGCAGUUCAUGCGCUCGCAUGUUUCACGGCUCCUCCGCAACGACCUCCUCGCUGUACUCGCCGAGCUGCUCCGCCAGGACCACGUCCUCCUCUCCAUGAAGGGAAAUUGUUAUUGCCAUGUUAUUUAUAUAUAGCGUCGUGCGGAAAGAAAUAUGGUACCGCCCUGAUAUGUACUUCUACCGGGACAUGCUGUAUAUGCUAGCUAGGAACAAGAAGAUUGAGGAGACAAGGCAGGUCUGGGCAGAUCUUAAGUCUGAAGACGUGUUAUUUGAUCAGCACACCUAUGGUGACAUCGUUAGAGCCUUCUGUGAUGCCGGCUUGAUUGAUCUGGCAAUGGAAUUUUACGAAGACAUGAGAAGCUCUCCAGAUCCACCCCUCUCAUUGCCGUUCCGGGUUAUACUUAAAGGCCUGGUUCCAUAUCCUGACCUAAGGGAGAAGAUAAAGCAAGAUUUUCUAGAACUCUUCCCUGAUAUGAUUGUAUAUGACCCUCCAGAUAGCCUGUCAGAUGUGGACGAUGAAUUCAAAUUUUGAUCAGUUACACAUCCCUACCUUCAUUUCUGAGGUCUUUCUGGUAAUACCAUGAAAAGGUACACACGAAGUUCAAUUUCUCA